CUCUUCCUCUCUCUGUCUCUGCUAGGUGCAGCAUGUAUGUGAGCGUGUGCGAGGCAGCAGAGCCGCCUGUGUGUUUACAUGUCAGCCUAUCAGUGCUGCCGGAUUUAGCGCAUCUGGAGAGGACGGAGGCAUUUCUCAAAUGCCCCUCAGACGAGGGAUUCUCAUCGCUCCAAACGUCCCUCUUUCCCAUCUGAAUCUAGCCUAGUCUCGAGUCCUGCACCCCUGUCUCCAUGCUUUCGGAGGCAUUUUGAAUUUCCUUGGCAACAUGGAGCUGCCUGAAUUAGAAUUCUCUGCAUGACAGUCCUGGUAAGUACUCUGUCUCUAUGGUGGGCUUUGAGCACUGAGGCAUUGGAUCUGAUUUAUUAUGGUGCAGUGGUGGGGCCAGGGGAUCGCCAGGGAGCAAAUAAUGACAGGAAUAAAAUUGUGUAUCACAGGGAAAAGGAAAGGAUGCAAAGAGGGGGGAUAAUUCACAGAGCGGGCUUCAGAUCUUAUUUGUGCUUUGUCAUCCAGAUGGGUUUCAUUUUUUGCUGUGUGCCAUGCAAUCUGGCUUUGUACUGUGUGGAGAACACACACAAAAUAAUGUGUACAUGUGCUUUCUGAUCUCACAAUAUGCAGAUUAAAUAAUUCUACUUCUUACAAAUCAAUGUGGAUACAAACUGUCCUCAAUUUAUUCAAUGUGUCUGAUUGAAAAGCAUUCAAACACACCUUUGUCCCGUCUUUUUAUAUCCCAGAGAAAAAAGGUGUGAAGCUGAGCAGUAGAGCGUCUGUUUUGUGUUUCUCUCUGAGUGUUUUGCCAGGCUGGUUGUUGCUGCUUCCUAAUCUGCUCUCAUUAACAUUCAUGUUCCCUGCAAAUGCCAGCAAACUCAUCUCGACUCACACUUAUUCAUUCAGCAGGCUUUUGCUGUUGGCUUUUUCCAGUGGCAAUGAGGGAUCCUAUAUGCAGGUGUUUGACUGGCCACAGGUUAGAAAGAUGGGUGGUGGUGGUGGUUGAAAGUGGAGGUUAUGAUGGGGAGGGUGGGUGUGUUUAGGGCGAAAAAUGAUGGUUGUCUUCGGGUGAUUAUUUAUGCAGGCCCAAUAAGCAAUCUCAGGUUUAAUUGCUAUUGCUUGUUAUAUUUGCAUCUUCAUAAUCAUGGCUGCAACGCUCCAGCAGGCAGACAGCGAUGAGGGGACUCUUCCUCUCUGGUUUUUAAUAGUGCAGUAACAACCUCUGCAAGCCUCAGACCUCCGACAGUCUCAGUGUGAAGGGUCUGCACUUCACGUCAAGGUUUAUGAUCUCCACAAAGCUCUUAAUUGGGACCCUGUAAUCAGGUUAUGACAGCUGAUUGGAGUGUCUUUUUUUCAUACUUAGUUAUGCGUGACACUCCUGGUGCACGUCUGCAGCUCCAAAGCUCUGAGCACAAUUUCAAGGGACUGAAAUGAGAGCAGCAUAUUUAUGACUGGAAUUUCUGAUGAUAUCUGCUGAAGAAAUGAGUGAUUAUCAUAAGCAUUGUUACCGGGGAAACUUAUUUUCUUAAUGAUUGACAUAUUGUCAGUUACAUUUUGUUCCUUUGGCAGGUCUCUUAAGUAUCCCAGUGUGCGUAAAUCUCGAGGCUUUUGCACUGUUUCCACUAAAACUUCUACAGACCAGAGAGUAAAUUAAUAUUCAUAGGAUUUUUAUCACACUUUACAUUGCCCUGAAUCUCACUAAAAAUUAACAUUGAUUUGAUUAUAUAAGAUGCAAAUUGAUGUUAUAUCAAAAGAUUUCUGCAUUACCCACCACACUUACCCUGCACCCAUCGAUUUCUAUUUGAUUUCAUCCCCCCAACCGGGUGCAGCACAGCAAGCUGCAGUUACAGUAGCUAAUGGGGAUCUGAAUUUACAUAUAAACACUACACUGACAUAUUAUCAGCAUGAGAAAUCUUGUUAGUAAUCCAUUUUUACACAUCUUUGAUAACAUGGUGCGGUUUGUUCAAUUAAGCUCAUCUUCUCCUAUAUGUACGGUAUGUAUAUAAAUAUAGCUCUCACUGUUCACCUCUGCUCGCUCUGCUUGGGUUUACACCCUGCCCUGAAUGUCAGCGUCUUCAGUAGCUUAAGCCACAUACAGCUGAGUAUCAGAUAGUGGCAUUCAGCAGAGUUUUACCUUUUUCCUGACCCCUGCUUUGGUAACAUGGAGAUGCUGGGCGAAACAAGAAGUAGCUGCGACACUAAAACAUUCAACUUAAAGGUGCUGAAAAACAAAAACACUGUCGAAGCAGUUUCAGAAAUCUAGAGGGAUUUAUCUCACAGCUAACCUUUUUGGGGAUUAACUAAGCCGCAGUCUCUUGGGUGUUCAUGUAAGGAUAGCAACAUGACACCAAAAGACACACAGAGCACUGAGAAGGUCGAUCAUUACAGCAAAAACAGACGUGUUUACAGUCCGUCUCACACUGUGCAGGGGGUGGAUUUUCAUUAAGUCAUUUGUUUUGAAGAUACCGAGGAGCCCGUCUGACUUGAGGCCAAAGCCCCGCCCUCAAUGUCACCUCUUUGCCUGCUGCUUGGUUGAUGAAAAAUUAGGUUGAAUCAGCAUUUUCAAUAUGGCCACCACUCUGCGCCAGAAACCAAAGGGUGACUUCAGUGGGACUGCAUACAAGUCUAUGGUUGUAAACAUGUUGCGAGGAAAUUAGUUAUUUGAACACUGCAGGAACAAAUGCAGCUUCUGUUGAGUGUUCACUAAAAGUGACGUUUGUCCAGCCAAGACCAUGUGCUGCAUGACAUCCCCCCACCACCUCCCCAUUUUUCCACACUGUCCUAUCAAUAAAGGCAAAAAUCACCCAAAAAAGUGAGGUUUGGCCCACUGUAUUUAAUUCAAACCAUUUAAAAUAAAUAAUCCAUGGCUAUUAUAUCAACCAGACUGAUGUAAUCACAUUAGAUAAACUGCCAAAUCUUUAAGUGUUAGGUCUGAGUGCACCAACCAGAAAUCAACGCCUUUAAUUAAGACCUAUAAAAGACCUAAUUUACCUUGUAAAGAGGCGCCUUUUUUUACUUGGUCGUGCUGUUUCUCCCAAAAUUGGGAAAAAGAAGCACCAACCAAAAAUUAAGGAGCACCACAACUACGACACAUGGCAGUCACAGUUUUACAGCCAACCUCCACCCCCCCAGGCUUUACAGUAAACACAGAACAUUGUGCCACUCUCACAGUGGAGCCAUUCAAACUCUUUCAGUCACUCUCUCUGACAGCUGUGAGCUUCUCCUUGCCACAUCCACAUUACCAUCUGCAACUCCCGGACUUACAUUUUCGGGGAUGUUCAGUCCCUUUUUAUAGAGAAAGAGAGAAAAAAAAAAAGGUUGAACUGCAGCAAUUAUUUGCACUCACACAAAAGCUCCCACAUAUACUCUAAGGCGGCACAGAUCAAACUUCGGGACUACAUGAAAGCAAAAUGAACGCCCGGAUGAGACACAAAGCCUCUGCUGCACUUUAGAAAAACAUAAAGUUGUGUUUGUAAUUCACAGCCAGUGCUAUUGUACUUCAAUGUGAGGUAAAGAGAGACUUUUUUCAGUAUGCUUCACAGAUAAAUAAUAAAUGCAGUGAUUCUCAGCAGAUUUAAGGAAAAACAACUUAAAGAAUUUACUGCUCACAAAGUAAAAGAAGAAGUGUUUUCAGUGAGCUGAUAUAUUAGGACACUUAGUACCAAACGUAAACACUGGCUCAAUUUGUACAAUCCUUUUCCCAAUAUUAGUUCAUCAUUAAAAGAUUAGGACAGUGUACACAACUGAAAUCAAAACUAUGGGGCCUCAACUUCACUUGAUUCUACUCCAAACAAAACCAAACAGCUGGACACACUGAGAGCUGCGCUGAUGCUGGUUUUUCACACUGCUUUGUUGCACGCCAUCAUGUGCUUAAUAUUCAGUGAUGCAGCCGUCUGCAUGAAUCUGAAUAAAAGUAUAAUGAAUUAAAAGCCUCUACGUUUGUUCCAGCAUUUACUGCAUGUGCUCUCUCUGAGUACCAAUAAUACAGAAUGAAUAACUUCCCUUCGUGUGAAGCCUCUGUAGGCUUUUUUUUAUGUUUUAUUUUCCCUGUGUUUGAUUUUGAUAUCUAAUUAUAGCACAUUUUACUUACAGCUGAAAUCAGGGCACUCCUGCACAUUACAGUUCAUUUGUGAUGCCCCAGAAAGGAGUGAUGUCUAAACUGGCCAGGCACACAGACAGGGUGUUACUAUUAUAGCCUUUUUCUGCAACCAGAUCUAUGAGGAAUCAAGACGCUGCCACAAAAUGGGUAACUUUAGCCAGCUGAAAGAGGAAAUGGUGAGAGUGAUAGUGGAGAUGAGUGCCAGAGCUGGUGUUUGUACAGUGUCUGCUGGAUGCCGAGGUGACAGACGGAGGCAGAUCUGUCACAGGAUACUCAAAUUUGCGUUCUACAAAUGUAUUCAGAAGGUCACCGUCCUGCUGCUCGGCUGCAGCCUCCCUCAUUUAAAUUUAAUAAUAACAGCUUUAUGCAAAAUAUGAGACAGUCAGGGGCCAGCAGGAUGGAGGGCUGAGGUUGCCUUGUGCUCAUUCUGCCGGCUGGACUCAAGCUCUUACGUAGCAGAAAGUGCAAUAAAAUGCAUAAGAAGUGAUCAUGUGGAAAUCUUGCAAAGACCGUUUUUUUUUUCUCCACUUUAUCCAUCCAUCUGUAAACCUUGUUCUCUGCUGUGACUUUCAUAUUUGUUUAACCUUAAUUUACUCUGGAAAUCUCAUUGAUACAAGGUGGUUUUCUUCAAGAGAGAGCUGCGGAAGAAAACAGCAGCAAAACAGCAUAUGCAUAAAAAGAAAACUUUGAGUAUGACACCAGUGGUCUGCUUUGAAAUACUGAGAUGAUGAAUUAUUGCACUGUAUUUCUGCACUCUCAAAACUGCACAGACUGCAUUAGUAAGCAGCUAAGCUUCUGGGACCUUUACGCUGUAUUUCUCUAUCAACACAAAAAAGCCAAAGCAUUCCCUCAAAGAGAGAGAUGUAAGGAAAGCAAUUUAAAUACACCACUCGAUAUGAAUAGUUGAAGUUUCCUGGUCUGAAAAAUACAGAGCGACACUUCAAAUUUACGCUGUUGCCUGUGAUUAUUGCCUUAGUGAUCCAGUGUGAAAAUCUUCCACAUCUUCCAUUGUGCUUCUGAUGAAGCACUCAGAGAGGCUUGUCUGAGGCAAAAUUACCUUCAGCACAGCAUUUAGCCCUUUUUUUUUCAAUUACAGACCCCAAAACAUCUUAUAUUCCCCUGAUGUCGAGGAAAGGAUAAAGGUUUGUGUAAUUUCCAGCUUAUCCUACUUGACUUUCAAGAGAAAUGGGUGUUAAUAAAGAGAAGGGCCUCUUUGUAGUAUUAGAUCAUGUUGUUGAAACAAGGUACAGAUCUGCAUGGUAAUACUGUAGCAAAGGUUAAAUAUAGGGCCUGCAUCUUUCACGGCUCUCCUUUUACAUAAUCUGUUUUGGUUUUUUUUUAUGACAAUAGUUUUGUCGGUUUUUAAGGGUUUAAUUUAUUUUCUCUUUCAUUUGGAGCAAGUAGUGGUCAACUGAUAAUGGUUUUCAAUGGCUGACAGGAUGCAGAUACCACAUUGUUGUUGUGUUUUUUUCCAUUUCAUAAAAUAGAGUUUAAUAAUGAUAACAAAUGGGAAACAAAAUUGUUGACCUUGAAUAAACAUUUUGUCAUUAUUGGCCCAUUAGUGUCCAGUCAUCUGAAAAUGGAAAAAAAAAACAACGAAUGGCUAGACAGUAAAAGGCCAAUUUAUGUAUUCAUUUACAUUUAUUCAACCAGCAUCAUUGAGAUUAAAAGUCUCUUUGUAAAUAGUGUCCUGGUCAGCAGCACAUUCUGAAAAAGUUCCUCUGGUCUUCAGAAAAAAAGCUGAAAGUGUUCAAACUUCUAGAUCCCUGAGUGUCUACCCGAGGCUGGCUGCAGAUGCACCAGAAACCAUGUACACAUUACACAAAAAAAAGCCCAUUCUUAGAGCAAAUAUGCAAUAAACAAGUUUACAGCCUGGUUACAAAAACAGUUUCAGUUUAAGGAGCUCAGGGCACCAUAGCACCUGCCUUAAUAUGCUUCAUUUUAACUUUUAUAUCUCUAUUUCGAAGAUAUAAGGUUACAAGAUUGGCAAAUGAGAGGCAUAACUGAGUUUGCUGACAGGUGGGCACACUGCAGCUAUUUGCGAAGUGGCCAAAGACCCACUUCUAUUAAGUUGAGUCAGCAUUACUAAUAUGGCACCUGCCACUGAUGGACAAAAUACCGACACUGCCUCCAUUUAUUAUACAGUUUGUGUAUGCGACACAGAACCUAAAAUAAUAUACCAACACAGAAAAUAGUGUUUUAAUAUCGCCCCCAGUUACACCAUUUGCUACAACAUAGAUUUCCCAAUGCAGUCAUCACUAGUUUAAACACACAUGCAUGGCGCAAACAUGACAGAGAUAUAGUUUGCAAACACUGAAGCAGCCACGGUUUCACAGAUCUGUCAAAGAGCUCCGCCUCCUCCUUAUGUAGAGUGGGUAUCAGUGUUCACAAUGAUAGUGCACCAGGGCACGGCUGUCAUGUAAGUACUCUUUGACGACCAGGUUUGAUGGCAGAAAGCCACAGUAAUGCUGAGAUUUACACCUCUGUUGAUACAGGUCUACCUGCUUGAAAGUGUAUUUUCAAUGAUGGGGUCAGUUGUCAUGAGUCCAAUAAGGUGAAACGACAAACACCACUUCGGUAAAGCUCAAUUAAUUUGAGGAUAAACCUAUUUCAUUUCUGACAGGCUCUCUGAAACAAAAGUCCUUGACUGUUUUGUUGUUGAAAUACCUUUGUCCUGAAACAGCCACCUCAGAAAUGACUUGUUUUUGGCAGCAACUUAACACAAUACAAUAAAAACAGGGAAGCAGGAGAGGAAUUAAAAUUCAGAUCACACAGAUUCAGCGAGAAACUACAGUGUACCGAGUUCUGAACACACAGAAGUUUAUCAUCUUUCUGCUCUCAGGCUCGGAGAUGAGCUGAGUCUCCGCAUCGCAAGCUUGUUUUCGAGGGAGAGGGGUCGAAGUGAGUGAACAUAAUGAUCCCCUCACAUUUUCUAGCGCUGCUACACCUUCACCACAAAAAGCAUGAAGAAACCUGUGAUAGAAAUCUGGACUCACAGUGUCCACACCUAAGGGAGAGUCAGCAGUCAAAGCAUUUACAACCAAACACAUCUUCAAAUGUCUAAAAUAUCUUUAUCAAAGAAGCUAUAAACACCAACUGCUAACUAUUCCAAAUGCUAAUCAAUUCAAAACACUUCUAAUUGGCCUGAAUGAUCAGCUGAUUGAUCGGUCUCUAGCAGGAUAUGAAAUAAGCAGCAGUGUCUUCAUUAAGACCUUGAUCCUGUGAUUAAUACCGUGCUGUUAUCUGAAAGUAGGACACAACUGUUAUGGAAAUAGACAUAAAUAUAAAUGUUUAAAGCCGGGAUGCAUGACAUCUCUUUUGAGAAAUGUAAUUACAUGAAAAACAACAUGUGUUCUGGCAGCAAAUUGAAUCCCCAUAUGCUUUCUUUGUAUCAAAACCAAAUCAAAUGACUCAUCUGUAAAAUGUUGCAGUGAGUAUUGCCGGUCAGAAAGAAUGAAUUGCCCAGUCUGCAGUUUCUAGCCUCUUCAAGUUAAUUGUUUUGGUUCACCAGCGCGUCUGGUGUAGUCCCUCUGGCUCUCACUAACCCCCCCUCCAUAGAAAAACCGUGGGCAGCUGCUCCCAGCUCAAAAGCUUCCAGCUCAAAAAGCUCCCACACACCGACUGUACGCUACCUGCCCAGCGUGAAAAAGCAGAGUCGGGGCCACUAUCUAUCGCUGAGUCGAGUGCCUGGUAAAGACAGUCAAACAUGAAGAAGCCCAAGAGGCAGAGGUAUAUUUUUGCAGGGGUUUAAAGACCAAACAAGGACUAACACUCAAGCGAUAACUGGACCAUUUCUCACAUGGCCGGGCAAAGAGGCUGGAAGAAUAUAAAUGCAGAAUCCAAGUGAAUGAGUAAUAACCAUGGGCCAUCCUCAGGCCAUGUUCUGUUAGAUCACAUUAUCUCUUAAAAUAGUUCGAAAAACCUCUGGGCAAAGGCUUUGUUUUGGGAUUUUUUUUUUUCCUCUGUGAUCUAUCAGUCGAACUGACUGAAAGCUUUAAUUUAUAAAACAAAGAACAAAUGUUAAAAAAAAAAAAAAAAAAAAGAAAAAAAAAUUAUUCUUUAACACUUGGACACAACAAUCUCAAAAGACUCCUCUUUUCAGUUUGUCAAGACUAUUUUUGAAUGCAUUAAAUAUAGUCUGUUUUAUUUCUAAACCUUGAUCUAAUAAAUCCUUCUGGGUCCAAAUCCAGCUUUCUUAGAAAUCCUGAUCCUUCAGGUCUGCUACAAUGAUCCAGCUACUCCUUAUGGUGAAUUUAUGAUUGAUCAAAUUCACUUUUAUCACCAAAUCCAAACCUAAUCAUCUCCUGACUUUGGAAAAGACGUUAUUGGUGAUCAUAUUUGUCUGUCACAUGUAACCUUAUCCAGCGACAGAUACUUCAUAAAGGUGACAAACUGUACCCGAACAUUUAUGAUAGCAGGGUGUUUGUUUUGCCUAGUCUCAAAAUAGCAACAAAUCCACAAACAAAAACAUGAUGAAGCCAAUAAAGGUGACAGAAAUCAGGAGGUGCGUAACUUCAGAAAGUGUGAGACACGACUACAGUCUGUUGGCUGCCUGACGCCAAAAUGUGACUCAUGUAUAAAGCGUAAGACUUUUUGGGCUGGUAUUGAAUGUUAAAUUGGAGCUAAAUGGUAAAACAAAUAAACUAAUUUAUUCAGUAGAGAGCUCUGUGGUUGCUGCAGUAAAAGGCAUCGCCAAUCAGCUUGAGCCCUUGAGGGCGAUCCUACAACACAAACACAAUCUAAUCUGGCAAGAUGGUAACUAUGUUUUUACAGUAGGCCUGAUUCUUCUCAUAAAAAUGUGUGAUACGCUAGCCUGGCAUUGACACACCCAUCGGCCAGUAUUUUGGGGCCUCAAACUGCUCUAAUUGUAAAUUCACACCUGUGGCAGGUGUGACAACCCAAUAAAAGUCCAUUUUUCAAGAUGAUGACACAGAGGAGGUUUUAUUGAAUCUACCACGGUAGUCAUUUUAAACAAAUUAAAUGAAGUUUUGUCUUUGAAAUGAUACAGAACAACUACACAUACAUUCAUCAUUGGUGAGAAAGGUGUCACACAUUUGUACGAUUGUUUGAAAAGUUGCUAACAUCCUCUAGAAAACAGUUACAGACCAAUUACCCACAGUGAAGUGGAGUGGCAAUGCCAGGCUAGUAAUGUGCAGCAAUAUCAUUAAAUAUUUUAAUGAUGUACAGUAUGGUUAGCUUAUUAUGAAAAAUGCAUGUAGCUGAUAAAUCGGUUUUUACGUUUGUGAGGUUUUGCUGGUGUUAUACAGUAACUCGUGAGUCAAAAGUGCUUCUCUAAAAACAAUCAUCCAAGUCUUUCACUCUUCUCAAUCAUCCGCAACAGUGAUGCUAGAUAACCUGAGGGCUGAUAGCCAGCUAGCUAGCACUCGAUUUAAUUGGCCAAAUCAUAAAAACACAUCAUCCAGGGGUGCCAGAUUAUAGCUGAGUGGUAAAAAUUGCACACCCCAUGUACAGAUGCUGCAGUCCUUGGAGUGGGUGGCCUGGUUCCAAAUCCAACUCAAAGCCCUCUGCCCCAAGUCAUCCCACACUCUCUCUUCCCAGCUUCCUACUCUAUGCACUGUCUUCUACUGUCAACAUAGGCUUGAACAGCCCGAAAAACAAUCUAAAAAAACAGAAAACACAUUGUUCAUGUAACAAGAGCCAAUAUGACACACAGUAUUUGUUCCUCUUCAGUGAAUUUGAGGCCAUCUUUUGCCAUGUGUUCAGCCCUCCUGUCAAUAACACCCUGAAGACGAAUAUGCGUUGUAUUAGGCAGCCUUAAUUCACAUACACACAACAUACAAUAAAGAAACCCCAGGCGAAGUUCUGAGUGUAGUAAAAAAGCUUUUAUUUAAGCAUGUCUGACUCCCACACAUUUGAGCAGGAGUCUUCUCCAGGGCAUGACACGUAGGUGUUAGAUCAGAACUCUCAGUGCCGAGGAUUUCCCGUUUGUUUCUGCACACUCCUCUAACCCUCCUCUCCUAAGAUCGGCUUUGUUUCUCGAACGUGAGUCAAUAUUUUUUACGUUUUCUCUCUUUUGAACUAAGCGUUUUGUUAGCACUCUUGUUGUCCAUUUCUGAGAUGCUUAGUAAAAGACACUUUAUAAUGUAUGAGUCCCAGAGUCUUUGUCUGCAUGCACAGCAGAUGGUCAGAGCAUAUGUGCUCUGUCUAGGCCUGCAUCUGUGUUAGUUUGUGGUCAAACUAUGAAGAGUUGUGGCAUAUUGACAAUUUCUAAAGCUACAGAGUAGAUGCACAGCAGGAUGUAGACCAACCGCAGCUUUUGAACAGCACAUCAGAUCUGCAUGAUGAAGACAAGACAGUCAGGACUAUUGGGUGAGUAGUAAAAGAGCAUUUGGCACUUAAGAGGUGCAUCGUGAGCUGUAAUGUUGUUGCAGCAAUUGCAAUCGAAGGUUAGACCUAUAAGAACAACUUUAUAGACCUAUUUACGGCAUACUCUAUCAAAAAUAUGUGGCUGGGGCAUUUUGCUACAUUCAUCCAGACAAGUUAGCGAGAUCUGAAUGCUGCAUUAGGGCCUUUACCAGCAUUGCAGUGAUUAGUUGUUGUGUGGUUGUCAAAAUUGAUAUUUCAACUGUGGACUCGAAUUCUGCAGGAUUCAAUUUCAGAGCAACUAGUGUUUUAGUUUUUAUGAGUGAUCCUGUUAAAUGGCCUCUUUUAGCUUCAUUCCACAGUGGUUGUCAUGGUUGCAACAGCUGUUGAAAUGUGGAAAGAGUCCUUGUUAAUGCUGUCUGGUUUAUUUUUUAAUUAAAAUGUCAAAGAUUUCUCAGUUUGCAUGGUCCCUUUUUACACUGGAACACUUGCGGUGUCUGUGGCCGCAAGCUCUUAAGACUGCUGACCAUACCUGCGAACUUUAAUUAGGUUUGACUUAAAAUAAAAUAUAUUACCUGCUAAAAAUUUCAACCCAAUGCCCACUGUGUGUAGUUAAUGAAUAAGUUAGUUUGAAGUCCUGGUAAUGAAUCAGUUUCAAGAGUAAGACAAAAAGGACUGGAUAUGGAGAGGAAUAAGUAAUGAGUGAAAUUCAGAACAACAGAAAACAGAAGCAGAAUACAUGUUCACAAAAACACUAUUUUCUACACAAAACAGACUUAUUAUGCCACCUAGCAAGCCAACAAGAAAAUGUUAAAAACUGCAGUUGCAUUUCACCUUCAGGACAUUGGUUUCUGGCUCAUCUAUUCUGACCUCGGUCUCAUUCACAAGUCUUGUGUGUUUGUCUUUGGCCUCUUAUUUCAAAACACAAAACUCAGAGUCUAUGUGUUGAUAUUUGAGGACCUGUGCAUCACUGUAUGUAACUAAGUGAGAACAUCGAGUGACUUGUUUGCUUUAUUUCUCUCUGGUGGUGGAUUUCUCCACCAAACACACCUGACCACUAAGGAGUUGUUCACUUGCAAAUACUGUCUGAUAUCGUACAGAUCUUGUAGUCAUGUACGAUGGAUCAAAGUAGGUUUGUUUAGGUAGCAUUCCCAAUUGUUGGUGGUGGACCCCCUUACAUAGCAAAAUGAAACGCCUACAAACAUCACCACAGUGUAAAACUGUGGUAGAAAAAGCCUUGUUAUUUCUUUUCGAGCUAGUAAAAAUCUGUUUUUGUCAUUUCCCUGUGAUUAGUUUGAUAUCUUUGCAUGACUCGCUCUGUUUCUGUUUGUCACAUCCGUGCUUUUGUCCACUGUUAUAAAUCUGGGGAAUCAUUAGGGGCUCUUUUCACCACUGUUCCACCACAUCUUUCUUUCUUCUCAAAGAGGAACAAAAGAUGUUGUUACUAAUAACAUAACCAAAGGGAGGAUUAGGGUACGUGCCUGAAACUGAGGCAGCCAAAUACAAUUCAAUCAUCGUUUUUAUCCGCACCUGUCCCUCCAGCACUGCAAUGUGUGAAAAUGAUUUUUUUUUUUUAAAAAAGGCCUUUAAGUGCAUGAGUGUUGUGAUGGACUGAUGCUCAUCAGGUCAUGAUAAGUCAUGUGUCUUACACAAAAAGGGUUUAGACUGAAUACGUUAAGGUGCAACACAGAAGGCAGAGGAUCAAAGAUGAUUAGGUCAGCCUGAGCCCUGACCACACAGGAGAUGAGAGAGGGAUUUGAUCUUGAAGCUGGUUAUUUCCACACUGCUGGUACAGAGAAGGACAAUAUGGGGGUGAUGCAAGCCUUACCGACUGGCUCGAAAAUAGUGCAGGUUGCUGUGGCCGGACAUACACAGUCUGCUAUCUUAACAUGACAUGACAUUCCUGUUGGGAUUAGAGCAUGAACGAUUAAUUUUCAUGAGCACAUAUGCUGCAGGUGGACAGAGAAUAAGUGUCAGAAGUCUGCAUUCAUUGUGCAAGGUACUAUCACAGGGAGAAAUAUAGGUCUAUUUAAGUAUGUGUAAUGAUGCAUCUCAAAAGAGAGCCUUCCAUGUGAUAACAUCGAUGGUUUGGGUUUUUAGAGGAUUUGUACUCCAUUACAAUAAAAGCCUCCAACCUGCUUGGCAAGUAUCCACCACUUCCAGCAGUGAUUCCUGUCAGCUGGAUGAAUGCAGUGUUGGUCAGAGUGCAGUGCAGGUACUUUGAAACGGACACAGUCAAAUGGAAAGCCUAAUGGAGAUUGUUACUUUCAGUUCCAUUAACCACAGUUGUUGGUGAUGUUAGAUAGAGACUGGGCAUCAUCCAGAGCAUUCAUCUAUAGUGUCACCUGUCAGACUGAAACCAUCCACCCUGAAGGCCUAAGCUUCAGUAUCUGCCAGAAAUCGCUGGGCUGCAUUUCUUUGUCCAGGCUGUGCUCAUUCUUUUAGGAAAUUCGCUGACCUCUCUGGCAGCUUCAAAUUCCCCAAAAUCAAAAGCAAAAUCUGGACAUUUUCUCUACACUUUUUUUGUCCAAAAAGCUGUUUGAAAAUUGUGAAAUAUCUCCAGCCUAAAUCCUUCCGUCCUCCCCUACCUUCCUCUGUUGCAAACACGUUAUGGACACAUUAUGAUUCUGUGGUGAUGAUUGUUUGCUCAGUGGAACCUAGCUUUGUCCGUGCACACAUCUCUGUCUCUGAGGCUUUUGUGUACUGCCUCCUAAUAAGCUUGGAGAAAAAAUAUCUUUGCAGAACACUGCAGAAAACUAAUUUCAGUGGAGAAAAUGCUCUAAAUGCUCGUGUAAAUCUCUUGGACUCAGUGAAACGGUUUGGAUUCUGAAAACCCAUUAUGCCAGAUUAUGGGGCAUGAGGUGUUUGGGUGCAUUGUGUUCAGAAAGUUUUGGGUUAUUUAGUCCCCUUUGGAAGUCGAAACCAUCAGAACGGAGUCCUUUUGUUUUUGAGCCAGGCUGUCAGAGAGGCUACAUCAUAAAAAUGUGCUUUGCCUUAUGGAGACGCGAUCUGACACAGGUAAUUAAAUGUAGUCAAACAUUUUCAUUUCUGCAUGAUCCAUCCCUUUGAAAAGAGACUUCUGUUCAUGUGCUUGUCCUUGUACCGAUCACUACAAUUAUCCGCACUCCCUUAAUCUCUCCUGACACCAUCUCCACAAAAAAGAGCGUGUACGUGUGGGUAUCUUCAGUGCUGAAACUUCUAAGGCACAAGUGCAUGACUUCUUUUUGGCUGCCAGCCCUGUUAGCUAGAGGAUAAAAAGAGAGAUUGAUGGUUCACUGACCACAUGCAGGUGUGUUUCUGCAUCUCAACAGGGGGAGUUUCCAUGCACUGAACCAUUUUGUUCCUCUCUUUCCACCCUGGCAUGGUGGAUCGACAGGGCAUGUGGUGUCUUUUUUAAGGUUUCCAGGGGGUGUUACAUUUAUCUGAGGUUUCCAUGGAGGAUUUGUUUUUAUGGGAUUUCUCAUAUCUAACUGCUCAUUCUUCUGCAGGAUGUAGAUUAGCUGGCACCCUUCUCUGCAGUACAGUUUUGAUGUGUCUGUUUACCCAGCGAGUGUUUGUUAAAAUGCCAUUAUUGUUGCAGGUCAUUGUAGCUAUAAACAGUGCAUCAGUAUUAUUGGUAUGCCACUAUUGGUAUGUGUGUAUGCUUGAGACUCAGCUCCCGUCUCAAGCCAGUCAAGUUGUGCUAAAUUUGAAGCUAAUUUUGAUUCGCUAAGAUUAACCCCCAUAAGAUGAAACCUUUCGUGUUGAUAAUUGCAUUGCGCACUUAAAAGCAGCACAUGAAAAUGUCAGCUCUUCGUAAAUCACAUACUGCAGAUGUAGUUCAGCCUCCCAUAGUAGUCUGUUGAUGUUCUAUGAGACUCGUCCACUGUAAUCUCCUGCAAACAUUGUUACUCCCAUGCAGCCCACAAUGUUUUCUUGUUUGUUUGAUUAGUGCCUUUUUAAUGUUUGCUUUAAAUUUGUCAGUCGGAGGCAAACAUGCCAGUGGAAGCAGUUUUAAAUCUCUUAAAUCCUGUACAUAUUUACCCUGUUACUUUGCAGCUGUUGCCUCUUUUUUGUUUCAUCUGCACUAUUCCCUAAACAGUUGCAAAAAUAAGCUGUUUGAGAGAUGCCUUCGCCACUUAACAGAAAGCCAUGAAAGAGAGAGGUGUGCGAGCGAGCACAGGCUUCACAUCAAUAAUGAAGGCUAAAGCAGGGAAAACAAUUCAUUUAUGAGCUGUCAUAAACUGAAAUGAAGGCAUUAGACACAAACAUGAGUUAAGUACAAGAGUAACUGUAGAUUGUGUGUGUCCCAUUCUCAUGAGGAGACUAGUCCUGUAAUGCUUGAAAUAAUCCAAAUGAACUGAAAGCAGCAAACUGUGCAAAACUCCUCAGCAUUUUUUCACUAAAUUAUAUAUUCCAAAUAUCUUAAAAGGUACAGUCUGCAGCAUUCAACAGAAUAGACUUGUAAGCACUGAAACACGAUUUUCAGAAGUAUGUUCAAAUUGAAGCAUAUUUGCAUAAAUAUGCCUGUUAAUUCAGAAUAAGUUUUAUAUAAGGAGAUGGUCCUCCUCCAUGAAGGCUGGCAUCUUGCACCACCAUGUUUCUACAGUAGUCCAGUAUGGACAAACUAGCGACAGUCAUACUUGAUUUUGAAUUUAAUGACAACCAAAAAAUGCGACAGUUGGAAGACAAAAAAAAAAGGUUUCUCUGCACAACAGAAAAACUCUCGAUAACUGAUUUGAAAAGAUCUUUUCAAUAUUUCCCAUGACAAAAACAAUACAAGUUUUCCUCCCUGAACCAUAUACAGUAUAUUCCACAGCAACACAGCAGAUAUAACUGAGAGUGUUGCAUAGCUACAAAUGUAAACAGGCACACAAAUCAUUUAACUCAUGCAGAGCAGGAUAGUUAAAACAAUCCUCUCUGAUGUAUAGUCAUGUUGGGUCUGGAAUGUGGUAGUGCUGGAACAAGAAAGUCUGACUCACAGCAUCUGGUUCUCUGUCCACAUGUUCUUAUGGCGAUAAUGAGCAUUUCCACAUGGUCGGGUGACGGUUGGGAGCCCAACCAAGCCACAAUCAGUGACUGGUGGCAGAAAACACACUUUCAGAAAGCACUGAUGUGGCUGGUUUGCAGACAUAGACACGCCCGCUUUGUCACAGGGAAAUCUGUCUACACUGACUUUCUACCUGUUUCUUGGCUCUUGUAUCCAAAGAUGGGGUGAUGAUCCGUUAAAGGUUCCCAACUGCUGUGUUUGUGUAGUUAGUGUUGUGUCGAUCUGGUCAAAAGCUGCAGCCCCCCCGACUGAGCAUCUCCGCAGGGCACAACACUCUAAGCCAGUUAGUUCACACAGUAGAAAUCUUUAAACAGCUCCACCGGAGUAGCUGCAUGUAAUGGAGACCACCUAUUGUUGCCUCUACCUCAGGGAAAUUUGAAAAAACAAUGCAUGCUAGAGUAGGCUCUUAAUCAAUUACCCGAUACUUGAUUAAUAAUUAGCAUUCCUAAUUUUGAGAGAUGUUCUUGAUGGUAAAAACAUGACACAUGGGUGAUCAUAUUUAUCAUGAAUCACAGGGGUUUGUCCAUAAAAGCCACCACCCCACUCACCAAUUGAAGGGGUGAGGAAGAGAGCGUUUGUAUAAUCUGGCUGUGACGUACAAGUAAAUGUUCCCAUUUCUACAAACUCUACCUUUAAAUGCUAAAGUGCAUAGAGUUGAGACAAACGGCAUAAUUCCUUCUUUAAUUAGACUUACAUCACAAUGACUAACUUGUAUCAUAUUAUUUAAUCCAAAAAGCCUCACUCAUCAGUCACACCCAAGAGAAAAAACAGACAAAUCUUUUGCCUCACAAGUGCCUGCACAUCAAUCAAAGCAAACAGCUAAAUUAUUUAUUAUAUCGGGGGAAAUACUCUCAGAACUCAGGCUGCUUUGAUGAUUCAUGACAGCGGUCACAAGUUCAAACUACCCUGCAGGGACAUGACAGACGAGUAGAGUAGCAGUGUAUCGGUUUGCAAGUGUUGGCAAAACUUUUAGUUGCGUGCACAAUUUGGUGUCUGAGACACAGCCUUUGUUUUUCAUUAUUUUUUCUGCCUUAUGUAUGGAAAACACUCAAUAAUAUUCAAUAAGGGUCCCAAUUCUCAAAGCAAUGUAAACGCCCUACAGUCCUUCCAACAUUAUGCCACACACUAAAUGUACUUAACAAUAACUGAAAACAACCGACGGGCAUGUAUGCACUCAAGCAUAUAGCUCAUUUGUCUGCGUGCUGCUUGCAGACAUUCUGUGACCCAUUAACAGUACCCUCCUUUAUUUGGUUCGCCCGGUAUCAAACCACACAGCACCAGAGGAGAGAGAAUGCGCAGAUCCAAGGGAACAACAAACUAAUGGUGGGCUGAGACAUGCUUUUGAAAGGAGGCUACGGCAGGGUGAGAGGUCCGCUGAGAAAAUGCAAGCAGUCGCGGACAUGCAGGAAAGAAAAGGCUUGUCCACUCUUAUCCUUCUCUUUGCAGAACAAUCAAAAGGAGGGGUGGUGAGAAUCGAUGCGGGGACAAAGACUUCUGAGUGAUAGAUUAAAAGACAGAAAUACUUGAGACUCAGAUCUAAAGACCAGACACGGUAUAUAGAAGUGACUGCUGCUGUAAUGGAGAGGUUAUUUGCUACCUCUUUUCUUUUUUUUUCUCUGAAUUUCUCAAGGUCAAAACAAAGUGGUCAUACAGUUAGUGGAUCUGGGUUGUGAGGCCAGAUUACAAAGAUAGUAGCCCUGCUCUUACUACACUGUGAAUCAUAAAUCAUGCAUGGUACUCCAGUAAGAAAAUCACCUUCUGCAUUUGCUUUUGCUUGUUUUCGAUUAGCAGUGACACUAGUGACCCACAUCCGCAUUCAUAUUCCCGACUUGACAAGAUAAAAUCACAUUCUGCGUCAAACAGAUAAACUUGUCACCCGCUUUGUGCACCCAGUAUCUAGGUAAUAUUUCAUUUCACGGUACGGUUUUUGCAUCUGUCACAGUGGAUCACAUUUAAAUAUGUGCUUGCACUAUGUAUGAGAUUUUAGUCUGCAAAAGCACCAUACAGGCUGUUUUAGCUAACAUUUCACCACUCCACUGGAAAAGCCUUCAGUACAUGCUUUUCAUAAAUUGGUGAAAGAUAGAGGAGGGAAGAAUAUCACAAGGGAGUAACCGAAAGACACCAGCUUUCAUUCUGACAGUCUGCUUUUUUUUCACAAUGCCCCAUUCACACUGGACUGACGCCCAACGUGUCUGACAUAUGCAGCCAACAGAAAUUAACAGUUCUGGAGGAAGUGAAAAUGAAAGCUGUAAUUAGUGUUCCAUUGGAGCUGCUCAGACCACAAUCCAAGCUGCCUCGGUCCCAUGACUUUAAUUCACUCGGAGUGACGUAUCAUUUGUGUCGGUGGAAUAACAGAUCAUUUUAAUACUCACUAUCAGGUUGGAUAUUUUUUUAGUGCUGCAGCAUUAUGGUAGACAGCCAAAGUGGUUCUAACAAGCACUAAGCCGAUCAUUUGAAGUACUCUUACAAAAACCACUCCUGUGGUGAAUGAGUUACAGAAAGAAUAUGUAGCGCCUAUUCAGCUCCCAUGUGUUAUGACAGAGUUUAUUAUUAUGAAAAUUUAGACGAGGGCUGUAUUAAGCUCUCAUAAUGGAAUUCCCACUUUGAGAUUUAAAAGAUAUUCAUCUUUACAUUGCUGUUUAUCGUUUAUUAAUAUCAUGAUAAUGUGGAGAUUAAUUUCCCAGUUGUGCAGCAGUACAGAUACCACUUCUGUACCGCAUACACUUGUGUUGUGUAGUAUUGUUUAAAACCUCUGGGCUCAGGAUGCUCUUAUGUGCUGAUAAAAGAAAAACGAAUAUCAAUUAAGUUCACGUCUUUGUUACAUUAACAAACCACUCUUAAAGAUAUCACACAUACACUGUGGUUUAUUAUGUCUCACAGCUGCUAGGCCUACAGAUGCUCCCUUUUAGAUUAAAAGAGUAAAAGCAUCAAUUAAGUCAAAAGGUGUCAUUAUGUAAACAAGGUCAGGCAUAAACAGGAAGAAAAACAGAAAAUUAAUAAAUAAAAGACACUUUGAACUUUGAAAUACUUCGCAUGUUGGUCUUCUAAGAGCGCCUCGCGGAUGUAGCCGUGACUGAACGCGCAUGAUUGAUGUGGGAAGUAGAGCUUGAAGGUUUUAGCAAGUUAAAGUUCCCCCGAGUCGAAAUCAAAUGGGGGUUUCGAGUCCUCUGACAACCUCCCUCUCUCCAUUUAUCACCGCUUGGCAGCAAUCUCUGUUUUAUAUCACUGCAAGGUCAACAGCUCAGCAAUAGCAUUGGAUGUGUUAACUUUGCGAACACUCUGAACACAGUUUCAUACUUGCCAUGGCAGUGUUUGGCUUCUAAUUAAAAAUGCUUUGUAUGAGCGGAGACAACGUGUCAAUGAUAGUGGAAGUAAUUGUUUCCAGCACACUGCAGAGUCAGAAUCACAGCAGGGUGCUUACAUUGUGUGACUGAGCCCCUCUAUUGAUUGGGUGAUCUCAUUACUUUGGGGAGAAGCCAACACACUGAAAUUUCACGCAACGGAAGGAGAGAGCGGCAUAUCUUUAUUAAGGUGUGCAGAAAGUUGUGAUUUCCACAUGCUUUAUAAACACUGUGAAAUUUGAUUUAUCAGAGGUUGCACAGGUUACAACUGUAUUUGGGUGGGGAUCUCUGUCAAAAUAUGCCACAACUUCACCUCUUCUGUUUUAUCAUUAUGACACUUACUUCAUUACGCUGUGAUGGUUCAGUAUAUUGAGAUAAAUCCUAAUUAGUGUUACUUUAAUAUUUUAUCUGUCUACAAAUGGAAACAGGCAUAGGUCAUCUUCUAUGAAAUCUGUUGUCUUUUCAGUAGAACUAAUGACUUUCAGUUUAAAUCAAAAGAUAUCAGAGUGGAAAGGCGCGAUUUGCUCUUGGAAAAAAGGUCAAACUUACAUUAUGCUAGUUUACCCUGAAUUUCAUACGCAGCAUCGUGCAAUGUCUGAACAAUCAUUCCAAUACACCAACCUUUCUUUUUCUGUGUCUUUGCAGGUAAGAAGUAGGAUGGUGUUUGGGGAUACAGGAGGGCACAGCUACUUGGUGGCAUGCUGGCAGCCCAUCCUUAUCCUGAUGCUAGGCACCGUCCUCUCUGGCUCCACCACCGGUUGUCCCUCUCGAUGCGACUGCAACGCUCAGGAGCGUUCAGUCGUUUGCCAUCGGCGGAGACUGGCAGCACUUCCUGAGGGUAUACCCACUGAGACGAAGCUGCUAGACCUCAGCAAGAACCGACUAAAAACUCUCGGUCCUGAGGAGUUUAUUAAUUACCCUCAGCUGGAAGAACUGCAACUUAACGAAAACACAAUUUCGUCCGUUGAGCCCGGGGCUUUUGGCAACCUAAUGAACCUUCGGAUCCUGGGUUUGCGCAGCAACCAACUGAAGCUGAUUCAGCUUGGGGUUUUCACAGGUCUGACCAACCUCACACAGCUGGAUAUAAGUGAGAACAAAAUUGUCAUUCUGCUCGACUAUAUGUUCCAGGAGCUGUAUAACCUGAGGGCUCUGGAGGUUGGGGACAACGACCUUGUAUUCAUCUCACCACGAUCAUUUCAUGGCCUCAGCAACCUUGAAAGCCUGAACAUUGAGGGAUGCAAUCUGGCCGCAGUGCCCACUGAUGCUCUCAGCCAUCUGCAUAACCUGUUGUCACUUCGAUUACGCUAUCUCAAUGUUACUGUCAUAAGGGAUUACUCCUUUAAGAGGCUGUACAGGCUCAGAGUGCUGGAGAUUUCUCAUAUGCCUGCCCUGGAUACCAUGACCUCAAAAUGCUUGUUUGGACUUAACCUUACAUCAUUGUCUAUCACAAACUGUAAUCUCACUGUCAUCCCCUACCAAGCCAUAAGUCACCUGAGAUAUCUUCGAUUUCUGAAUCUGUCUUUUAAUCCAAUUCACACUGUUGAAGGGAACCAACUGUACAAUCUUCAGAAGCUGCAGGCUUUUCAACUGGCUGGAGGAAGAUUAGCUGCCAUUGAGCCCUACUCUUUCCGAGGGCUCAAUCACCUCCGUGUUCUUAAUGUUUCCAGCAAUAGUUUAAGCACACUGGAGGAAUCGGUGUUCCACUCGGUCGGUAACCUGGAGACCCUGGCUUUGUAUGACAACCCACUGGCUUGUGAUUGUCGCUUGCUCUGGGUUUUCCGCCGACGGUGGAGGCUGAACUUCAACAGACAACAGCCCAUGUGUGCUUCACCUGCGAUUGUACAAGGAAAAGAGUUCAAGGACUUCCCAGACGUCCUUCCUUCUGAUUACUUCACCUGCCAGAAAUCAAAGAUUGUGGAUUAUAAGGUUCAGGAGAGCCAUGUAGAUGAGGGAACAACGGUUCACUUUGCUUGCCAAGCUGAGGGGGAUCCAGUCCCCGUGAUAAUGUGGCUUUCUCCCAAAAAGGAAUACAUUACUGCUAAAACUAUUGGCUCAAGACUUUCUGUAUCUUAUGAUGGCACAUUGGAGGUGCGCUACUCCCAAAUCCAGGACAAUGGCACCUAUGUGUGCAUUGCAAGCAAUGCAGCCGGCAAUGACACCAAAGCUGCCCACCUUUUUGUGCAUAGUUACUCCCCCAACUGGCCCCAUCAGCCAAACAAGACAUUUGCCUUCAUUUCCAACCAGCCCAACGAUGAAGGCGCUAAUGUAACCCGGGCCUCAGUUCCAUUCCCAUUUGAUGUAAAGACACUAAUCAUUGCAACCACCAUGGGGUUUAUCUCUUUCCUUGGAGUUGUCCUUUUCUGUCUUGUAAUAUUGUUCCUCUGGAGUAGAGGGAAAGACAAUACAAAGUCAAGUAUAGAGGUUGAAUACGUACCACGUAAAGAGGAAACCGAGGAGGCCAGUCCAACUGAGCCCCCCAUACAGUUUAACAUGAAGAUCAUGUGAACCUCUAAAGGAGAUUGUGUAAUCUUACAAACUGCAGUCAGGAUGCAUACUAUCCUCGCUUCAAAUAUGUACUCAGUUAAUGAGUGAUAGAAAUUGCACAGCAGCAAACCACAUCUUGACAAUAUACCCAACACAUUUCUUUUUUUUUUACUUCAGGGACUGAAUCUUCAAAAACAAAUGUUGAAUUUCAAAUAAUCAAAGUUAAAUUGAUUAUGUAAUGUCAAUUUGUAUCGGCAUUUCUAAAUCAGUAUGUUGACAUGCACUUAAUCUAACUGCUGUGUGUAACCAAACUAUGGUGAUAGGUAAAUGCUUUUAUUUUGGGAUAUUUAUGCUUUUCUUUGACAGUGUAAGCAAACAGGGAAAUAAAACGUAGAGAAAGAACGACGUGCAAUUUAAGGUUAGGGUUGGAAUUAAACCCCAGCCUCUUUGAAAAGUACCAUUGACUGUAUAUAGAAUGGACAAUGUGCCUUUUUUAUUAUGAGAUGUGAAGCCAAGAGAUCAUCUCAACAGAUGCUGACAUACUGCACUGCUGGAGCCAAGGCAUGCACAGAGGUGACCCGGCUGGUAGAGCUGUGGGAUUGAUGUUGCAACCUUUCUGCUAACCUAGACAUGCAUUUUACCCGUUAAAACAUGAAAGAUCCCUCGGGCUGGUACAGUCAACAGCAGAGUGGAUUCUUAUGUUGGUUUGAAGCACAAGUUUAUGACCAUGGACUCUUGUGUCAGUGUAACAUUUUCUAAAGAUGUUCCUCUUCCUCUCUGCUAAUUUGGUACAGGAGCCCAUAUUUGUCCACAGAGCUGUCAGUAAACCAAUUUUUUAGAGUUUAAUAAAACUAAAAACAACCAAACUUCAAAAAUAAGCACUAAAUACAAUGACAGUCAACAUAAAGAAGUAUUUUUCUUAAUUUGUAUUGUACUCUCAUAAUUUGACCCAUGUUCCAUCUGGUAACAUGGAGAUAGAGUUUUUGACCUAUACUGCGGCCAGUUAGUAGAGGGUGCUCUAAAUCUUUUGGCUUCACAGUCAGUAAACACGUAUGGCGUCCAUUUCGAUAUACAGUCUAUGAUAAGUGCUCAACAUAGACGGUUUGCACUCUGAGCAGCUAAGGGGCCAAACUUAAGAUAGUACUCAAAAAAGGCACAUUGAUCACAUGAAAAGAGUCUCCAAAUAAGCUUUGUUUACAUGAUGGGUGGGUUACUUUCUGUAAAGAUGCUGAGAUGGUGUAAUCGUUCCAUCAGCUCUAAUAUGAGAGAGCUCUUGUUGUCAGGGUCUUUAUGUUGUUUGUUCUCUUUUGCUUUGGUGGAUGUACAAAGCACAAUAACCCAUUAUCCGUGCCCCAUGUCUGCUACUUGAAAUACUAAAUUGAAAACAGGGACUCUGUAUUCCAUCAAGCUAUUGACAACAUGGGUCAAGGGACCAUUUCAGAUUAACAAAAGGAAGAAAAAGACAAGGCAAUCUUAUUUUAUGAGAGGAAAAGUCGAACAACAAAAAAAUUAGAUCUUGAAUUUCAAAAUAAAAUAGUAUAAAAGUAAUAAUCCUGGAAGGUCACACUAUUUGGAGGGGAAGUUGUGGUCUGUGAAGGGAUUUUUGCUGACACAGUUUUGCCUCUCUCUGCUGAAAAUCAAAAUUGUAUUAAGAACCUGUUGGUGGAUUAGGGAACAAAGGGAUGUACUUCACCAUCCGUCGUGUGUCAGUGAACAGUGGCCUUUAUUUUCCAACAUCAUUAAAUUGGGUUUCAAUGUUUUCUCAGCACAGCCUGGCCCUGCUGUCUGACAAAAAAAAAAAAAAAAAACAUGGCUGAAAAUUUCUAACAAAAGCACUUAUCUCCAUGACUUUUUACUGAGUAGUGAUUAUGCUUAAAUCUAACUGUGUCUAUCAGUUGUAAUAACUGGAGUGUACUCUUAUUGUGGUAACAGUCAAAUGAACGUGCAAGUGUGCAUGUUAACACACUGAAUAAGGAAAAUAAGCCAGUCCUACAGUAUUGUGCUCCUUUCUGCCAACAAAAGAAGUGUGUCAUUAAAUGUACUGACAUGUCCGGCUAUACAUAUUUUCUGUAUUUUAUUCUUUCCUUGUACAUUAUGCUAUGGCACAAUAGUAUUGCUUUUUAAAGGCUGUGGUUUAUGAACAUAUUACGAUCUUAAGAGCAGAUUUUACAAUGAGUCACCACGUUUUUGGAUGAAUUAGAGCAAAAGUGAGUUACUGCACUACUCAGAACCCUUGAAAAUAAAUCUGACUAACAAUUUAUCAUCAAGUGUAACUAAAUUAAUUUGUUUACACAUUUGGCAGCUCAAGUAGUGUAAGCGCUCUGGCCAGCUCUGGAGGUUAUAUUGUCACUGAUGACGCUCAAAAAGUGUGACAUUAUUAAUUUGAUGCCUUAAGUAACCCAUUUAUAGUUGAGCAAUACCCAAUAUUUAUGUGUAAUAUGAAGCUUUAUGCCUCAUAAGGAUUUUAUGUCGUCUAAUUAAUUUCACAGUCAAGGUCUGCUCUAAAGAUAAUGUGUUCAUUUACUUUGGGAGAACUUGUUUAAAGGGGAUGAGCAGAUAGAAAUUCUAUUAAAAUAAAUAACUUUUUUUACUA